ACACGUGCGCCUUUUGGUUAGUAAACAAAAUACAACAUGGGCUCAGGCAAAGAAUGCAUAGCCUGGCUGUCAGACGAGGCAACUCCGUUUGCGGAACGUGUCGAGUUUGGCCUGAAUUUGUGGCAAUCUGUGGAUUAUACGUACUCCAACAAAUACGAAGUGUUCAUAGAAUGGCUGGCCACAUCCCUGCGCGGCAACGAGCUGCCGGUGGCACAACUGAUGCGACUGUUCCAGCUGCGUGCGCAGCCGGGCAUGGUCAGCCAGGACUGCAAAGCCUCAUUGGUCCAGGCUCUGUUGAACACCAUUGAUCCCGCGAAAUGUCAGGACAAUACAGCCCUCAAGCUGCUGCAAAGCAUGUUCAAUUUCGAUCUACUCCAGGAUGUAUUGCGAGCCGACUACACACUCAUCUGCCGCUGCUAUGGCACACUCUUUGACUGCCAGCAAAGGUGCCUCAAGCUGAGAGCUGAAGGACAGGUUGCGCAGGAGGAGCUGCAAACGGACGCAGAAAUCGUUGUGGCCAUGAUCAAGCAGCUGGCCGAGAUUGCCCGCCGUUCCCAAAAGGUACGCAAGCUCCGAGUCUGCUACGAUGAGCUGACAGUGCGUCCUUUGGUGGAGCUGAUGCUCAACCUGAAGUCGUCCUGCAUCGAGGAGAUGGCUGGCCUGGAGAAGCAGAUGCAGGGCCAGUUCAUCCUAUCGCGCAUCUCCAACCAGCCCCUGCACGUGGUGCUGCUGCUCCUCGAGUGCAGCGUUCUGAAUAGCCGCUACGAUACCGACCUUCUAUCCCAACUCCUUACAAUGGUACUCGAAGAGAGAGCUGUCGACGGGCCACGGCACAGCCUGACACUGGUUGCCUACAUGCUGGAGACACUGCGCAAAUACGACGUAUCCCUGCAAUUUCCCAUGGCCAAGGAACAGCCACAAGAAACAAAUCCCAAUCCGGAGGCGUCCUCCGAUGGCGAGAAUGUUUCAACGGUUGUCUUAAAGACGAAGACAAAGGCGAAAGCGAAGAAAGAGUCGGAGAUGGAGACAGAGAAAAAUGGCAAACAAACUAGUGCCUUUGUGUAUGUAUCGGAGCAACUGCUGCAGCUGGUCAAGAAGCACAAGCAGCAUCAUCUGCGUCCAGUUCUGAUGCUGCUCUGCUCGGCACUGCGCCUGAAUCCGCUGUUGCUGGAGUCCAGCAGCUAUCAGAUCACCAUCUGGAUGAUGACAGCCCCCAAGAGGAGCGCCGAGGAGGAGCAUUUGUAUUCCGCGUACCUUGUACUGUUGCUGGACAUGUUCCGGCGUCUGAGUCGGUCCGAGCGCUUCAUUAUGAACCUGCUCAAGUCGCUCAAGGAUUGGCUGGCCAAAUACCAGCUGCCAUCGACAGGGGUGCCCGGCAAGAGGAAGCGCGAGCAGGAGCCGGAGGAAGGCGACGACCUUGACCCCGAAGAGAAGCGUUUCAUCAGCCUGAUCUUUGCAGAAUGCGUGCCAGCGACAGGCUCGUCAGAGACCUCAGCGAACGAUGAAUUCAAACAUUUGGCGCAUUUCUGGCCUAGCCACUCGGCCGGUGCCGCCUUCUCAGCUCUGGUGGGGCUGCUCAAGGCUAAGCCAUCAAUGGUAAUUUGGAAGACCCUGCUGCACGCCUUGAUGGAGCUCCUGCAGGAUACUCCACCCACAGACAUUCUGCCCGCGAACCAGGAGUUCGCCCGAGAGCUGAUCGUCGCUCUGCUCUGUCAGUAUCUGCAGGGUACCCGCCUCACCGAGCAUCUGCAUCUUUAUCUGGAGGAGGUCGACGAACAGAUGAACCGCACGGCCGAAUUGCUAGAGCGGUUUGGCCGACUGCUGCUUAGCCAGGAGCAUAACCGUCGCUCCAUGGACGCCUUUCUCGAAUGCCUGAAGUGGGCCAGGAGCUACGAGGUGCUCCUGUUCCACUACUGGACGGAUGCCAAACCGAAGACUCGCACCCAGCGGCGUCGCAGCUUCCUGCCACCCGACCAGUGGCGGCUCAUCCAGCAGCGGGUCUUCAACUUCGGCACGACCGCCUGUGGCCAGCGCCUGCACCGUCUCGAGCUGCAGCUGGUCGGCAGCGGCUGGCUGGCGGAGGAAGCCUUGGCCGAUCUGGUCAGCAACCAGCAGCUGCACACGCUCUCGCGGCAACAAAAGCAGCUGCGCCUCCAACAGAGGCUGAACGACCUGGAUCGGGACACCGUCAUGGAGGAUGCUGAGUGCGUAGAGCUGCUCUGUCUACAGCAACUGAUCGAUUAUGCAGCGGUCCUACGAACAGCCAAUGUCAAGGGGUCGCUGCUGGCCAAACUGAAGCUGGAAGAGCUGCCAGAGGAGGCUCACCUGGCGGCUACCAUUCACAAGAAGGCAGCGCCCGGCAAGGAGUUGAAAUUGCCCCCGUCGCAGCAGUUGAUUGAGUUUCUGCAAGGGCAACAUCACAACGAGCUGCCCAGUAAGAUUAAGUUCCGUCUCUGGCUGACGCUGCUCGCCCUUUAUCAUGAUUUGAGUCGCAGCGACCAGCAGCAGCAGGCCAUAGAUGUGCUGGAGCAACUGAUAGAUCUGAUGCACUUUGGUCAGCCGUUGCCCAUCUGCAGUCACUUUCCACAGCUGCGGGAGCUGCUCUCGUUGGUGCCCACCACCUCCGCGACUGGCUGGAAGUUCUACGAGACGCUCUUUUCUCGCUGCAUCCGCCUUCACGCGGCUGGCAGCGAGGCCUUCCUCGCCAGCUGCUCACAGUACAUCACGGAAGAGCUGGGCGGCACCAUGAAGCUGCCCGCGGAGGGGUUACGUUUCCUACUGCUGGCCAUUGAAACGACAGCAGCCGCCACAGGACCCCAUGCCAAGCAUAUGCAGCGACAGGUGCAGCCGCUGCUGGAGAUCUUUGGCCAGAUUGUGGCGCACAAGUUCCGGCCAACAAAGAAGAAGGAAACGUCCGACUACAAAUCGUUUGUGGAUGAAACAAUCAAAAGCUAUGGCACCUAUGUCAGCAGCUGCAUCAAUCGGGCAGACAAGCAGAAGAAGGCGGCCGCCUCAGAGGACGCCCAGAAAGCGACGAAGGUUGAGGCGGCGCAGGACGUGCAACCCAUAGAUGAGGACUUUCGACGCAUCUGCAAGAUCUACAUUGGACACUCGCUAAACUACAAGAAUCCACAUGCUUUGAGGCUGCUUAAUGUGGCCAUCUCCCAUCGCCAGAAGCUGCAUUUUGAUCCAGACGAAGUCGAAUUCGUGCUGAGUAGCUAUUGGAAGCAGCUCUACUCAGAUAUAGCUGCGGGCGAUAUUGCGGCCCUGGAUGUCAACUGCCUAGAGCUGGCCUUCCCGCUGAUCAUUGGCUACAAGACCAAAGAGGAUCUGUUGGUCCUGCUGCGCAUGCUCACCUCGGAGGUGCAGGGUUUACCAACGCCCCUGAGCCCGAGCCACCGGACCGAGCUGCAAAAUGUCCUAACCAUACUAUCCUUCAUCGCCAAAUGCUCUGUGAGCACCAUCAAGGGAGCGAUGAUCAACAAACAUUUUGAGAUUGUCAGCACCAACGUGGCCGGCCGGCUGAAGGACAAUACCCACAACAGCAAGAGCUUCGCCCUCAUCCUGCUGGAGGCUCAGCGCAACUUGGCCAACAAUCGGACAGUGCCGCUGACAAACGAGUCCCUGGAAUACCUGUUCGGCACCAUGAGUGUGGUGGCCAUCGAUCAAUUUAUCGAACGCGGCGGCAACUGGAACGACUUUAACCAGCUCUAUGCGGCGCUCACCGACAACUGUGUGGUGCUGCUGCGUCAGCAUGCGAACCUGGUGUCCGAUCGGGCUGGCCAGCUGUCCGCUGUCUGUGAGACUCUGGUAAAGGCAAUUGUCGGCUAUCGGUCCGGUCGACAGAGGGCCCAGGACCUCACCGAGUUGGAGCUAGACGGACUGGCCGAGCUCGGCCUCAAGCUGGCCACGGUGAUGGCCAGCAUUGGGGCCACACAGUCGCUGCCCUUGAAGCGAGUCGCACCGUUUCUUCUGACAUUCACCAUCAAUCAGAUGGUGGAAACGGAGCGCCCAACCACCAUCUUUGAGAAGGUCAAAGUGAACAUGGAGCGCGUGUGCCACGAGUUGAUUGGUAUAAGCGACCACCGGUCGGGUCAGUUUAUCCUGCGGCACAACACCACAGCGGGGACGAACAUGUACACCAGACUGCUCAAGGACCACGACAAGUAUCACAAGUUCAGGGGAAAGGUGUAAAGUAAGGAAGAAAAUCUUCAUUUCUUUUCUGUUGUUGUUCCACAAAAUACAUUUAUCUCUACAUUAGCACGUGAAUAUAAAUUAAUAGAGAAUAAACCAAUAAUCAGACAUA